AAAAGCCCCAUUUGAGUUCCAGAAAGCCCUAGUACAUCCAUCUCUCUCUCUCUCUCUCUCUCUCUCUCUCUCUCUCUCUCUCUCUCUCUCUCUGUUUCUCCAUCCCUGUGCGAAAGGCAAAGGCUUUGAGAAUGUCGCUGCGAGUUCUGAACCCUAAUGCCGAGGUUCUCAACAAAUCUGCGGCGCUUCACAUGAACAUCAACGCCGCCAAGGGUUUGCAGGAUGUCCUCAAGACCAAUCUCGGUCCUAAAGGAACCAUCAAGAUGCUUGUUGGUGGUGCCGGAGAUAUCAAGCUCACCAAGGACGGUAAUACGCUGUUGAAGGAAAUGCAAAUUCAAAACCCAACAGCAAUCAUGAUUGCCAGAACAGCUGUUGCACAAGAUGACAUAAGUGGCGAUGGUACCACUUCCACUGUCCUCUUCAUCGGCGAGCUUAUGAAACAGUCUGAACGCUACAUCGAUGAAGGAAUGCAUCCACGCGUUUUGGUUGAUGGUUUCGAGAUUGCAAAAAGGGCUACGCUCCAAUUUCUCGAGAAGUUCAAGACACCUGUUGUCAUGGGUGAUGAGCCUGAUAAAGAGAUCCUAAAGAUGGUUGCAAGAACUACUCUGAGAACCAAGCUGUACGAAUCUUUGGCUGAUCAACUGACUGACAUUGUUGUUAAUGCGGUUCUCUGCAUCCGAAAGCCCGAGGAACCUAUUGAUCUGUUUAUGGUGGAGAUAAUGCACAUGCGCCACAAAUUCGACGUUGACACACGUUUGGUUGAGGGGCUUGUCCUUGAUCAUGGUUCUAGACACCCUGACAUGAAGCGACGUGCAGAGAACUGUUACAUCCUCACUUGCAAUGUCUCAUUGGAGUAUGAGAAGAGUGAAAUUAAUGCAGGUUUCUUCUACUCCAAUGCGGAGCAGAGGGAAGCCAUGGUUGCUGCAGAAAGGCGUUCAGUUGAUGAAAGAGUCAAAAAAAUUAUUGAGCUGAAGAACAAGGUUUGUGCUGGCACUGAUAACAGCUUUGUUGUCAUAAAUCAGAAGGGUAUUGAUCCACCAUCGUUGGACCUUCUUGCUAGGGAAGGGAUAAUUGCCCUUAGAAGAGCAAAGAGGAGGAAUAUGGAACGUCUGGUUUUGGCCUGUGGUGGAGAAGCUGUGAAUUCUGUCGAUGACAUGACACCCGAUUGCCUUGGAUGGGCUGGACUUGUCUAUGAGCAUGUUCUCGGUGAGGAAAAGUACACCUUUGUUGAGCAAGUGAAGAAUCCUCAUUCAUGUACCAUCCUCAUUAAAGGGCCUAAUGACCACACGAUUGCUCAAAUUAAGGAUGCUGUUCGUGACGGUCUCAGAUCAGUCAAGAAUACCCUUGAAGACGAGUGCGUUGUAUUGGGAGCUGGAGCUUUUGAAGUUGCAGCGAGACAGCACUUAAUCAACGAAGUCAAGAAAACCGUUCAAGGGCGUGCCCAACUGGGUGUUGAAGCUUUUGCUGAUGCCCUUCUCGUGGUGCCAAAGACACUGGCUGAAAAUGCAGGGCUCGACACGCAAGAUGUGAUCAUUGCUCUAACUAGCGAGCACGACAAGGGGAACGUGGUGGGUCUGAACCUGCAGGAUGGAGAACCCAUCGACCCACAGUUGGCGGGUAUUUUCGACAAUUACUCUGUCAAACGCCAACUUAUCAACUCAGGGCCGGUGAUCGCGUCGCAGUUGCUGUUGGUGGACGAAGUGAUCCGUGCGGGAAGAAAUAUGAGGAAGCCUACUUAGUCUGUAGUUCCUUUUUUUUUAUUCCAAAGUCACUUUUUGGGAUCUUAGAUUUCAUGUUUGAAAUUGUGGGGGAGAUGAAAAGAACUACUUGUUUUUUGGAAGGCGUUUUCUAUGUGGUUUGUCACUGUUUUGAUUGUUGGAAAUGUGUUUCUUGUUGGACAUUUA